UCGCCUGUCGCUGCGAAACUGCCAGUGGAGACUUUCAUCGCCCUGCUUUGGCAAAUUACGAGCGGAGGGGGGGGGGGGGGAACCUUUCGGGCGCUACGGUGGCUGAGAAGGAAAAAGGCCAAGAUGGCGGCGGCCGUGGCAGCAGCGGCCCGGCGGGUCUGUAGUGCUGGAGUCUUCGGGGCGGCAUGGAGAGGCUAUACCUUGAUUCCAGGGCCUGGGAUUCCCAGCCAGUAUUCUACAUUGGCAUGUGCUUUGCAGGCACAUUGCUAUAUUUCUGCACCUCGUGAUGUGACAGUAGAACAACGCAGACACGGCAGCUUUUUCAACAAGUUGACAGCCGAUGAACUCUGGAAAGGAGUUUUGGCAGAGACUACGACUGGAAGGAGAGGAAGAGGGAAGAGGACCAAGAAAAAGCUGAAAAGGGAUCUGAACAGAGGCCAGAUAAUUGGCGAAGGACGUUCAGGUUUUCUUUGGCCUGGCCUCAAUGCUCCCGUGCUAAAAGAUGGAGCCGUCCAAACAAUCGGGAAGCGAGAUAAAGAAGAAUGGGAGAAGCUGCAGGCAGAAAUAAUCCGUCGGCGGGAUGAGUGGGAUAAGAAAAGAAAAAUGAAGGUGAAGAGGGAGAGGGGAUGGACUGGAAAUUCCUGGGGAGGCAUCAGCAUAGGGCCUCCUGACCCAGGCCCUAAAGGAGAAACAUAUGAAGACUUCGACUCCAGGGUGAUUCAGGUGAAGAAUGUAUUUACUAUGACAGCAAAGGAAGGAAGGAAAAAAACCGUCAGUGCCCUGGUGGCCGUGGGAAAUGGGAAAGGAGCUGCAGGCUUCGCAGUGGGAAAAGCUGCUGACAGGAUGGUGGCGUUACGAAAAGCAAAGAACAGAGCCAUUCGCUAUUUGCACUAUGUUGAAAGAUAUGAAGAUCACACAAUUUAUCAUGAUAUUGCAGUUUCAUUUAAAAAAACAAAGCUCCGGAUGCAAAAGAAAAACAGGGGGUAUGGACUUCACUGUCACCGAGCUGUCACUACAAUAUGCAAACUGAUUGGGAUUAAAGACAUGUAUGCCAAACUUUAUGGGUCCAGAAAUCUACUGAAUCUCACCAGAGCUCUCUUUAAGGGAUUAUCCAGACAGGAAACUCACCAAGACCUAGCCAAUAAGAAAAACCUGUAUGUGGUAGAAUUUCGUGAAGAAUGUGGCCCCCUGCCCAUCGUGGUUGCUGCUCCCCAAGGGGUCCUCAGGGAAGACCCUGAGCCCGAGGACGAAGUUCCUGAUGUCAAACUGGAGUGGAACGAAGUGAAGGCAGCCCAAGGCAUGAAGAAGUCUCCCUGGGCAAGUGUCAAAAGAACGGUGUGGUAGAUGGGAUGCACAAAACUCGGAGGACAUCUAACAGCACCACAUGACGUGGAAAUUUCUGCCUUUUGCAAAAUGUGUGCUGGGCAAAUCCUCCAGCUGAUUAGUCCUCGUGACAGUUUGCAGACAUUGUGACGUUGAGCCUCAGAGUGUUGUGACCGUCACUCUGCAUUUGGUAACACCUCUGUUGAAUGCAGGUGACUGAUGGGCCAAGGGGCUCAGGGGGCAGCGUUCUGGGUCAGAAAUAUAUCUACUCUGCUUCCGCUGUCUUGGGUAAAAAAAAGGAGCCUGUCAUCAGCAGUCUUUCCACAAAUAAUUUGAGAAGACUGUCCAACAACCUUACAGAAAUAAAUAUGUUUUCAAGUGUU